AUGGACGUAAAUUCUUCCAGGGAAGAAAAUAAAAAGGCCAAAAUUGCGCUUAAGAAGGAAAUUGGCCUCUGGCGGGGUGUAAGCAUAAUAGUUGGCAUUAUUGUUGGCUCUGGAAUUUUUGUGUCUCCUGUUGGCGUUCUCCGUUACUCCAAGUCGGUUGGCCUUUCUUUCGUUAUGUGGACAAUUCCGGCAAUCUUCAGUCUUCUUGGUGCUCUUGUUUAUGCUGAACUCGGUGUGAGGAUUCCAAAAUCAGGUGGCGAAUAUUCUUACAUACUAGAGGCCUUUGGUGGUCCACCGGCAUUCGUUUGUUUGUAUGUAACAUUUGUGGUGAUUGGUGGUGUCAGUUGUGCAGCGAACGCUCUCAUUUUUGCUCAGUUUAUGUUGGAGCCGAUUUACCCUAACUGUGAAAAACCGAGUUCUGCGGUACAAUUGAUUGCCCUAUUGUGCCUAUGUAAGUUAAUUACUUUUCUGAUUCAACUACUUAUUUGUGCAAUAAAUGCGUUCAGAGUGAAAUGGGCUACGCGCGUUGCCGUAUUUUUCACCAUUUGCAAAAUGUUGGCCCUCCUCCUGAUCAUUGGCUUCGGGAUUUACUAUCUUGCCACAGGUCACGUUCAGAGCUUCCAAGAGCCCUUUGAAGGCUCAGCUACGUCUCCUGGUUUGUUGGCUCUCGCAUUUUAUCAAGGAUUUUGGGCAUUUUUUGGAUGGAAUUACCUCAAUUUCCUCGUUGAAGAAAUAGAAAAUCCGGCCAGAAAUCUUCCGUUAGCGAUUGCUAUCAGUCUUGGCCUGGUAACCGGCCUAAACAUCAUGACAAAUGUCGCCUACCUUGCAGUCCUUUCUCCGUAUGAAAUGCUCGCAUCCGGGGAUACAUCUGUAGCUAUUGCAGUGGUGCGUAGUUUUGACUGA